AUGGCCCCUACUCUACCAGUGUCCGUUCUGACGGACGAGGAAAAAUCACACAAGAACCAAGAACUAAGGCCCGACACCAGGGCUGAGACCGACUCCCACCUACAGAUCGAGGCUUUGAGCGGCAUCAACUUGACAGCAGUCUUCUUUGUCGGGGGUGCUGCGUCUUCUGUCGCAACUGGACUUGUUCUCUCCAGUCUCUCAUGGCUCUGGCUCAUCACUUUCAUCAUCACAAUCGGGAUAGUGCUUGCUACAUUCAUAGUAUAUCGGCACUUUGAAAUAAUACGGCGACGUCAAAAACCAGGGGGCAGCUGGCUCGUCGCCAGCAAUGCGCCCCAGAUCGACAGUGCCGCUAGCGCGCAAGUGCCCAACACCACCUCUCUUCCCGCCGUCUACUUCACAUACAUACUUGGCUCUGGCGGGCACACUGCUGAGAUGAUCGAGACGAUCAAGCAGUCGUUUCGCGGCCAGGCAAACAUGCACCGGCGGUACAUCAUAUCCACCGGAGACAGUUCCUCGCUCGCCAAGGCCCGUCUUCUGGAAUGGACUAUCAAGGGCGCCUAUCCUGGUGAAGAUGCUCGAGCAGGCACCUCUGACAUCUUUUUGAUCCGUCGUGCUCGCAAGGUCCAUCAGCCGCUUUAUACGGCGCCCUUUACCUGCCUCAUAUCGGCCUUUCAUGCCGCCAACGCCCUCACACGGAUGCCCAACUUGCGGUCGACGAAGGAGAAUGCAAAGGACUUCGAGUACCCGCAUGUGAUCGUCACAAAUGGGCCUGCCAACGGCUUUGUUGUUUGUUUGGUGGCCCACUUGCUCAAGAUAUUCUACCUCGUGCCGGGUAACAGAGCAAAGAUGGCGUACAUUGAGACCUGGGCCAGGUCCAAGACGAUGAGUCUGACGGGGAAGCUGUUCCUAAAAACGGGCAUUGCUGAUGUUGUCGGAGUGCAACACGAGAGUCUGGCGAGGAUAUUCAAGGGUAGUCAAUAUAUCGGGCCGGUUUCUGCCGGGUUUCUUCGGAAAUAG